ACCAAAGGUUUCCUGAAUCGUUUUUUGUUCUUGGGACUCUUGGGUUUCUUCUCAAGGCUCAAGACCCUGAACUGAAGCCAUUCCACUCAAGAAAAUGGCGUUUCACAGGGGCGAUGCGGUUGAGAUUUGCAGCACGGAAGAGGGUUUUCUGGGUUCCUACUACGCUGCGACCGUCAUCUCGCCGGUGGGGAAGUCUCGAGUCUUGGUGCAGUAUCAGACUCUGCUAACAAGCGAUGAGUCGAUGCCGUUGAGAGAAAUCAUCCGUGCAGCCGAAGUGAGACCCACCCCUCCUGACGUUCAAGUAUCUGAUUUCUCUGUGUUCGACGAAGUUGACGCCUUCCACAACGAUGGCUGGUGGGUCGGAAGGAUAACCCAUAUAGAAGGUCCUCUGUACUACGUCUACUUCUCCAACACUGCAGAUGAGAUUGCUUACCCCUUUUCGCAGCUGAGGGUUCAUCAGGAGUGGAAGAAGGGCAAAUGGGUUCCUUUAUUGAAAAGGCGUUGAGCUCUUUAACCAACCUCUCUCUCUCUCUCUCUCUCACACUCUGCAACUUCUCUUCUUCUUUUGGGGUGUUUAUAUGGUUUUGUCGUGAAGUGGGUCUUGUGAUGAUGGUGAUGUAUUUGAUUUUAAGCUCUUUUCAAAUUUCAUGGCUUACUUUUGUAAAUAGUAGAAAACUCGAAACUGCAACA